AUGGGUGAUACUACCAAAUGUGAUUAUGAGCCUGGGUGCAUUUCUAAAUUUUUGACUAGAAACUCUGCCUCUGGCAAUCAUAAUGACCAUGAUGGUGGUGUCAAGUCAGAUGUAGUUAGCAGUUUGUUCAAGAAAGAAUACCAAAAUAAUGCUGAUAAGAGAAUUCUGAGCAAGCCAUUCUUGAAGGAACAAAAAAUUCAAAACCAGAGAACUGUAUUUGUUGGUAACGUGUCCCUAAAUUCAACCAAAAAGGAUCUUGAAAAUCAUUUCAAGUCCUGUGGGAAAAUUGAAUCAGUUCGUUUAAGAUCAGUGCCUAUUGCAUCCUUGGAGAAGCCUAAGAAAGUAUUGGUUAUAAAGAAGGAUUUUCAUCCUAAACUCAAAACUUCAAAUGCUUAUAUCGUCUUUCAAGAUGCUUACUCUGUUUCAGAGGCUCUGAAGCUAAACAACAUGGAACUGGAUGGAUUUCAUUUAAGAGUGGAUAGUGCAUCCAGCAAAACACACCAAAAUAAGUCGUCCAUUUUCAUUGGAAAUCUACGUUUUGAUGCUGAUGAAGAAAGUUUGAGGAAAUUUUUUGAAGUUUGCGGUGAAAUUAACUAUGUUCGAGUUGUUAGAGAUAAGUACACGAGAAUGGGCAAAGGUUUUGCUUAUAUUAAUUUCAAGGACUCAUCUUCAGUUGAUUUAGCGUUAACAAUGGAUGGUCAGGAAUUUUGCAACAGACCUCUGAGAAUUAACAGAUCCAUCUCAAAAUCUAAAAAAGUUAAAAAACCUGAAAGUUCCAAAACUUUAAAUGGAGCUGCUGCUAAAAAAGGGUACACUAAAGGGACUUUCAAAGAUAUUAGAUCACAAAACGGACUGGAAGCUCAAGUAAAAUCUCGAAAAAGAAAAAGUGAUUCAAACGACUUCUCUAGACCGGCAAAGAUUAAAAAGAACCAAUCUAAUGGGUCCUUGUUCGACUCAAGUAAAACUGAAUCGGCUAAAAAAAGGAAAACGGCCAAAAAAUUAAAAAGAAAAGCUGCAAGAGAGUUGAAAAAAAUUAAACUUGGUGAAUUAUUGAGCAAAAAAUAA